UUGUAGCGACUUCCUGCCAAAUAGUUGUCCCUAACAACACACGGCGCCCCACCGAGGGAAUUUCAGUUCAAGGAAACAUAAAGUUUCCUCGAAAGUAGCACUUGGUGAGAUGGGCUUUGGCCAAAGCAGCAGCAGCAGCAACUGCAGAGACUGACGGCGCGGAUUUACUUGGGUGGACAGUGAAGACGUCAUCUUUCACAGCCAUGAACGAGUCGCAAGAGGUUCCUGAGCUACCUACAAAGAAAGCUCGGCAUGAUCCAGAAGUGAAUCAGGAGGGUGAUUCACGUGUGGUUGCUAAUGACAGCAGUGACUCCCCAAACCGGGACGACUCAACUGCACAGUCAGAAGUCAAUUCAUAUCCACCAUCAUCUGUUGCUCACUUGCACUUAACAGUGCCUGGAGGUCAAGAUCAGUCAAAUCAAGAGACGAUUUCAAGAUCCCAGGGCUGUGUCACAGAAAAUGCAUAUACUCACAAUGCAGUGACGUGCAAAGACCUUACCACAACCACAGCCACUGAAUAUACCUCACAGAUCUACCAAGGAAGCAACACGGCUGUCACUGCAUAUGCCAGCCAAGGGGCUUUCCCCUCCCUGGGCCAGUCGACCGUAUACAGCGGCUUUCCUCAGUCCGGCCAGACGUACGGACUGCCACCAUUUGGUUCCUGUUUCACUACAUCCAGUGUGUACACUAAUAUCCCCCCAGGAACUGCCGUGACCACAGCCACUGGCACACAUCAGGAGUUUUCAAAUUACAACUCUCUUGGCCAGAGUCAGUUUUCCCAGUACUACGUUCCUCCUCCCAGUUACCUGUCCGCUGGGCUGCCCAGCAAUGAUAGAGAUGGAGCAGGUGUAGUGGCACCUGGAUAUCCAGCCAUUAAGACAGAAGGCAGUGCCUCUGCAAACUUGCCCAACACAACAGAUGCAUCCCCAGGUGUGACGCUCCCAACUGGUGUGGCUCUGCCUGCUGGGAUGGCCCUUCCCACAGGAGCACAAGACCAGGACGAGCCCAACCGCAAAAACCCUCCUAGCAAAGCUAAAGGCAAAGCCAAGAAACCAGACGGUUCCCAGUCCACAGACAAUGACCUUGAGCGUAUCUUCUUGUGGGAUCUGGAUGAAACCAUUAUCAUUUUCCACUCUCUUCUUACUGGUUCAUUUGCACAGAAGUUUGGCAAGGACCCAGCAACAGUUCUCAAUCUGGGUCUUCAGAUGGAGGAGUUGAUCUUUGAGCUUGCAGACACGCAUCUCUUUUUCAAUGAUCUGGAGGAAUGUGAUCAAGUCCAUGUUGAUGACGUUGCCUCAGACGACAAUGGGCAGGAUUUGAGCAACUACAACUUCUCUAGCGAUGGCUUUAGCGGGCCCAGUGUGGGCGGUGGUCCGGGUUCCACUGCAGCGGUACAGGGAGGAGUAGAGUGGAUGCGUAAGCUGGCUUUCAGAUAUCGCCGUCUCAAAGAGAUCUACAAUGGAUUCCAAGGGAAUGUGGGAGGUCUGCUGAGCCCAAUGAAGAGAGACCUACUGCUCAGGCUUCGCUCAGAGAUUGAGACCGUUACAGAUGCUUGGCGGAGCACUGCCCUCAAAUCUCUCUUGCUUGUACAGUCAAGGGGCAGAUGUAUGAAUAUUCUGGUCACCACCACUCAGCUAGUUCCUGCUUUAGCUAAAGUGCUUCUCUAUGGACUGGGUGACGUCUUUCCCAUCGAGAACAUCUACAGUGCUACUAAAAUAGGAAAAGAGAGUUGCUUUGAACGCAUCAUCGCUCGCUUUGGGAAGAAAGUGACCUAUGUUGUUAUAGGGGACGGCCGUGAUGAAGAGUUUGCAGCAAAGCAGCACAACAUGCCAUUUUGGCGAAUCUCUUCACAUGGAGACCUGAUUUCCCUUCACCAAGCUCUGGAACUGGACUUCUUAUAGAUUGAGUU